CACGCAUCACUUCAAAACCGGCAAACUCCAAUACUUGUAAAUAACUAAGCUAUAACGUGUCAUGCAGGACACACGGAUCAAGAAUUUUACUUGGAGGACUUAGAAGUGACGUAAACCGCCGGAAGUUACACUGUAGAGAGUGCACCAUGACGGACAUCAAGCAGGCCAGCGCCAUGCUGAAGUGGCUGAGAGUUGUGCUCCGUGUUCUCCUGGUCAUCAUGGUUCUCAUGACAGGACGGCUGCUGUACUCCCGGGUCUCUUACUCAACGCUCACUAAACGUCAAAUGGAUCUCCAUAAUGACGCACAAACAGCUCAGGGGUCUUCAGUACAAAGAUCUCCCAGGUCAUCAAACGCUGGUGUUUCUCUCAGUGUGGUACAUGACAUUGUACUGUGGACGAGCCAUAGGCGGGGUGAGGUUGGAAUCUUCCGGGUCCCUGUUCUCACCUACACUCCCAAAGGGAACCUGGUAGCUAUAACGGAAGGAAGAAGAAAGUCGAAAAGUGACGAGAAUCCAAAGGUCUUUGCCGUGAAAAGAUCAACGGAUGGAGGUGCGACGUGGUCCCCGUCACAGUGGAUUGUGGACGACGGAAUGUCGCGUUUCAAAAGAUGCUCCUACAUAGGAACUAUUUUCGUUGACGACACAACAGCUACCAUCUUCCUGAUGUACGUGUUCUGUGAGUUCUGCCCUACGAGAUCAUUGAUGCUGAUGAACAGUACGGAUGACGGCAUCACGUGGGGCCGGCCGAGAAAUAUUACCGACCAAGUAGGAAAAGAGCACGCCACACAUCCAAGCCCAGGAUACGGUAUUCAGAAAAAGCACGACCCAGCCAAAGGAAGGCUGAUUGUGUGCGGGCACGGUUUCCAUGACGGGAAAGGUUUGGUGCUGCUGCUGAGUGAUGACCACGGUGUGACGUGGAGACAUGGGGCCUUCGUACCGAGUGUGCCGUUCCUUAACAUUCAAAAGGGACACUUCGACCCAGAUGAAUGCCAGCCGGUUGAGUUUCCUGAUGGAUCUGUACACAUAGUGGUCCGGAAUCAGAUGGUCUACAAAUGUAACUGCAAGAUGAUCAUGCGCAGCUUUGACGGCGGAGAAACACUUCCGCGACAGUACAUGCUCCUGGACAGAACACUCAUUGAACCCAGGAUCACGUCAGGCGUGUGGCUUCACAACGGAACCAUGUUCUACUCGGGACCGAACACUAGGUUGAAACGGUCCAAACUUUACAUCAGAUGGAGUCACGACUUUGGCCGUACCUGGACCUCAGGGACAGAGAUAUGGGGAGACUUGGCAGGAUACUCCACUUUCACGAUGCUUCCACAGGAUAAUGAUCACAUCUACAUGCUAUAUGAAAGAGGAACUACGGAAUACUUUGAUGAAAUCGCGGUUACUAAACUGAAAAUAUCUUCGUCUACCACCCAUGAUCCCCGGUGAAAGUGCUUUUCUUGAAAUAUGUCCAUGUCUUGAAAGCUUCUUGAAUAAUAGCUGCAAUAAUGUCUACCAAGAAAUCAGGGAUCCUAGGGCUUUCCUUACUGUGUUUUCGUGUGUACCGAUGGUUGCACGUGCACUGGAUGUCGUCCUAUAGAAUACUUCUACGGAGAGAACAAAGCAACGCACAUGGACAAAAGUACUACAAUGCAAAUGUCGUUUUUUAUUGUUCACAAAGGCGUCAGGAAUAUUUUCAUUGACCGGUACUACAUCAACGUACAACGUAAAUAAAACUUCAUUUCCAGAACCUA